CGGCAGUAAUUGUUAUUGUUAGCUUGUUAGCUCGCUGGCGAGCGCGUGAAAUGGAGCUAUGACUGUGUAAUAACGUCGUACUACAUGUGCAUGGUUAGGUUAUUACAAACCUAAAGUGGUUUUAUGAGCUAAAUGGAGGACGGAGGAAGUGAUGCAGCCCCUACAUCCAAGAGCCAGGCAGGCUCAGCACACCUGCAGACUCCAAAAAAUGAGGACGCCUUUGAAAUUGCUAUUCCAUAUGAGGAAAACAACUUUGAUCAGCAGGGAUUUUUCAAUCAGAGUGAUCAGAAUUUUAAUGAGUCACCGUCAAAUCCUGGUCCAUCUCCAGCCACCAACUCAUACAUGAUGAUAACUAACUUGCGAACCCAACUCCAGAUCUCCCUGGAGAAAAACUCUUGGCUGCAAAAAAGAAUAGAAGAUUUGGAGGAGGAGAGGGACUUCCUGCGUUGCCAGCUGGACCGCUUCAUCUUUUCUACAAAGAGCCAGGGACAAGAGCAGUGCCGGAGCCAGUAUAGUAAUGGCUAUGAAUCUAGACGAUUUAACUGGAAGUUAAGAAGAGAGGGAUAUCGCCCCAGUGAGUCGUCACAUUUCCCUCAACGUCAGUUUAUGCCUCGAAGGUCAGGUCCUGCUGCUAUGUUGUCCUCCAAAAGCCAUGUUUCUAGUCCAAUAAGCACUCAACUGGCCUCCAUGAAUGUGUUAUUCAACUCUGCACAAUCGCAGUCUCUUCUACAAGGCCACAGUGCUUCCGGUACCACAGCCAGUACUACAGCCAGUACUACAGCCAGUACCACAGCCAGUACCACAGCCAGUGGCAGCGCUGCGCGAUCGUCUGUGAACGACAUAAACGCACACAAUGGUCCAGAUUCCCUCUCGUUUAUUGGAGAGUCAGACGAAUACCUGGAACCGGACGGCUACAUGGAGGAAGAGGAAUUAAUACCAGGGGAAGAUGUUUUGUCAGACACAAUAAACCCCAGCCAGCAUCAGCUGAAGAUACGACAGAUCUUCCGAGUUCCAAGAGAACGCCAGAGGGUGAAAGAUGUUGCUGGAGUGCUGUUUCGCUAUAAGAAGAUUCUCCUUACGUACCAGCAUCUCAAGAAUAUGUCCAAAGCCUUCCAGAUCCAUGGAGUUGACCGCAACACAGUGGCUUCUACCACCCCCAUUGCUGAGCUGCUUCUAGUUGCUCCAGAGAAAGUGGCUGAGGUUGGAGAGUUUGACCCAUCCAAAGAGAAGCUGCUGGACUAUGCCAGGCGCUGCUACAUAGCUCUGGAUGAAGAGACACUGAGCAGAGUGCAAGCCUUAAAAAAGAACAACCUUCUUCUGCCCAUUUCCUACAGAUUCAGACAAUGAAAAAAAGCAAGGCAGAUGUAAAGAAGAGCUCAGUAAGAAACGUGUGCUGCUGUGCACGUGUGAUUAUAAACUGCUGCUGUGAUGCUGUUCUUUCCAAACACGGAAAAUAUGACCUAAAAGUUUGAUCAAGUUCAUCGUCACUCUACUGACACAUGCCUGCUGUUAAAAAGAAGCAAUGACUUGAACAUACGACAUUCUACAUCUCCAUUUUGUCUUAACUUUAAGACUCACCCAGAGGAAAAUUAUGUUUUUGUUGAAUAUAACAUGUUCUAGUGGCAAUUUUUUGAAUGAUGAAGGACAUAUAUUGAGACAAUGAAGCUUAAAAUUGAAUUUCUGAGUACUUCUUUAUUUAGAUUGUUGUGAAUCAGGAGCAGACAAAAAAAUGCAGUUUGAAAAGAAUGUAUUUGUUACAUAGAAAAUAUGCUGGGCACUUUAUUCUGAUGCACUCACUUGGAGACAAAUAAAUUCAUGUAAGUCUCCGUUUUCCUGGUCUGAGCUGGCAUCAGGCUCAAAACUGUACGGCUGGAUUUUUCUUUAAAGUAAUAUGACAACCAACAGACUUUUCUUUUGUUUUUAUUUUUUUGGCUGGGACGUAAAAGAAUUUCGACAUUGAUCAUUAGUUCCACUUUAGGUAUACCCAGUAAUUUAUGUACAUUGACAAACUGGAUUGCAAUAGAUGGCACAUUGUAUGCUUAAAAUACAUUGCAUUGUGGUAAUUGCAUAUUUUGUAUAAUGUGAAUCUCGGCAUUGACACUAUUUAUUACUGUUUCAGGUAUUUGUAAGACUUGUGUGACUUUUGGCUGGCUGUGAACAUUUGUUGUCAUCGUACAAACAACUUUACAGUUAGAAAAACAGCAAAACAGAUGGAAUUGACUCACAAAGAACAUAUUUCUUCUUUCUGAUGCUCCACAACACAUGCAUGCUUUGCAGCCUAUCCAGUUCUUGCCUUAAUUUGUGAUUAGAAAAUAAACCAUAUGGUAUUAUGAAGAUUGAAUGGAAUAUACAUAAGCAGUAUUAAGAUAUCUGGAAACAAAAUAAACUUUGGCUUUUCUUCGUCAA